AUGACCGGCCGCGGCAAGGGAGGAAAAGGACUGGGUAAAGGUGGAGCGAAGCGUCAUCGCAAGGUUCUUCGUGAUAACAUCCAGGGCAUCACCAAGCCGGCCAUCCGUCGUCUGGCUCGCCGUGGCGGAGUGAAGCGUAUCUCCGGCUUGAUCUACGAGGAGACGCGUGGCGUUCUGAAGGUGUUCCUGGAGAACGUGAUCCGUGAUGCCGUGACGUACACCGAGCACGCCAAGCGUAAGACCGUCACCGCUAUGGAUGUUGUCUACGCGCUGAAGCGUCAGGGCCGCACACUGUACGGUUUCGGAGGUUAA